AUGCAUGGAGAUCUCUACAUGGGGACAUUGGAAGUCAAAAUAGAGAUAGAUGGCAAAAUGGUAUCAGCACCACUUUUCAGCCAGUCUGGUCCGCAGGGAGUAGAUUGGGUCCUUGCCCUUGUUGCAAUACCCGUCCAAAAUGGAACUACUUACAGGAUUGUAUUCGAAGCAACAAGGGGUCUGACCUAUCUGUCAGAUAUCGCCUUGGAUGAUAUCAGCGUUGCCCCCUGUGGAGUUGUCCCAACCGCAACGCCAACAACCCCACGCACAACGCCAACAACCCCACCCACAACGCCAACAACCCCACCCACAACGCCAACAACCCCACCCACAACGCCAACAACCCCACCCACAACGCCAACAACCCCACCCACAACGCCAACAACCCCACCCACAACGCCAACAACCCCACCCACAACGCCAACAACCCCACCCACAACGCCAACAACCCCACCCACAACGCCAACAACCCCACCCACAACGCCAACAACCCCACGCACAACCCCGACAACCCCAAGCAAAACGCCAUCUGCAAUAAUUCCAUCCGAUACAACUACCAUAGAAGACUUCGAUGGCAACACAAAAUACGCAUUUGAUGUUCAGACUACGAAUUUUGAUGUUACGCGAUGGAGACUCAGGUCGGGCCCAACACCGUCCUCUGGCACGGGGCCUGAUCAUGAUUACUCAUCCACCAGCAGGAGAGGAUCGUAUGCGUACUUUGAAGCCUCAUCUCCCACACAGAAUAACGUUCCGGCAAUAAUGCGUUCUUAUGCCCAAUUCGCUGGUGAUGAGCCAAGAUGCCUGUCAUUCGCAUACCAUAUGAGAGGAUCAGGCAUGGGUAGUUUGGAUGUAGUGCUGGCUGUUGGCGGUCAGCCACAAGCACCUCUCUUCAGUGCUUCCGGUGAUAAUUAUGGCUCGGAUUGGAAUUUGGCAAAUGUUCUUAUUCCCAAACAGCAUGCAAGCUACACGAUUGAGUUCAUAGCAAAACGACAUUCCUGGCAGUCGGAUAUUGCCGUUGAUGCCAUCAGAGUUUCACCCUGUGUUGCUGUCCCAACCACAGCGCCAACAACUCCAAGCACAACGCCAACAACCCCACCCACAACUCCAACAACCCCACCCACAACGCCAACAACCCCACCCACAACUCCAACAACCCCACCCACAACUCCAACAACCCCACCCACAACGCCAACAACCCCACCCACAACGCCAACAACCCCACCCACAACGCCAACAACCCCACCCACAACCCCGACAACCCCAAGCAAAACGCCAUCUGCAAUAAUUCCAUCCGAUACAACUACCAUAGAAGACUUCGAUGGCAACACAAAAUACGCAUUUGAUGUUCAGACUACGAAUUUUGAUGUUACGCGAUGGAGACUCAGAUCGGGCCCAACACCGUCCUCUGGCACGGGGCCUGAUCAUGAUUACUCAUCCACCAGCAGGAGAGGAUCGUAUGCGUACUUUGAAGCCUCAUCUCCCACACAGAAUAACGUUCCGGCAAUAAUGCGUUCUUAUGCCCAAUUCGCUGGUGAUGAGCCAAGAUGCCUGUCAUUCGCAUACCAUAUGAGAGGAUCAGGCAUGGGUAGUUUGGAUGUAGUGCUGGCUGUUGGCGGUCAGCCACAAGCACCUCUCUUCAAUGCUUCCGGUGAUAAUUAUGGCUCGGAUUGGAAUUUGGCAAAUGUUCUUAUUCCCAAACAGCAUGCAAGCUACACGAUUGAGUUCAUAGCAAAACGACAUUCCUGGCAGUCGGAUAUUGCCGUUGAUGCCAUCAGAGUUUCACCCUGUGUUGCUGUCCCAACCACAGCGCCAACAACUCCAAGCACAACUCCGGGCACGAUGCCUACGACUCCAAGCUCAACGUCAACAACUUCAAAACCAUCUGGCAAGAAACACGUUCCCGCUUUUGCGCCGCGCAGACGAGCGAUUUUAUCGCAGCAACUUGCGAUUAUGAUCUCGCUGUAA